UUCAUCUUUUAACUUGCUUAAAAGGCGAUUGGAAAAAAUGAGUGGUAGAGGCAAAGGCGGUAAGGGACUCGGUAAAGGAGGCGCUAAGCGUCAUCGUAAGGUUCUUCGUGAUAACAUCCAGGGAAUCACCAAGCCCGCCAUCCGCCGUCUGGCUCGCCGUGGCGGUGUGAAGCGUAUCUCCGGUCUGAUCUACGAGGAGACCCGCGGAGUGUUGAAGGUGUUCCUGGAGAAUGUGAUCCGUGAUGCCGUCACCUACACCGAGCAUGCCAAGAGGAAGACCGUGACCGCCAUGGAUGUGGUUUAUGCUCUGAAGAGGCAGGGACGCACUCUGUACGGCUUCGGAGGUUAAACGUGAUCCUGACCUGCUGAUCCCCAAACACAAAGGCUCUUUUAAGAGCCAC